AUGGCCUCUCCAUUGUUUUCUCCGAGGAGCACAUUAGAUGGCCAUGGCCGAGCUAGUGGUGCAGAUGAAGAUCCACGGGAUGCCGAGCACAGAUUUUCUAUUGAAGAGUUCUCGACUCCCUCGACAGGCUGGCAACUCGAUGACUUCGUGCUCGACCCGGGCUAUGUUGCCUCUCGGGAAGAAUUGCGCUGGCUGAUGCUAAACACUGCACAAACUGCACCACCAUCUCCAGCUCACGGCGAUAGCUUCAUAUCCGGGGUGGAUUCACAUGGUGGCGAAGAUCGGUCGUCAGCUCAGCACAGAACCUCACAUCUUCUAUCACAAGGCAGACGGAUCGAAUAUCUCAAGAACUACAUUAGCAAAGUUGCACCAUGGCUCGACAUGUUUGAUAGCUCUCGUGCUUUCGGGCUGCAAGUACCUCUUCUCGCGCAAACUUCUCCAGCUCUAUUAUGUGCAAUAUUGGCCAUCUCAGCUCGACAGAAGGAACGAAAAGAGGCUUCUGAUGGAAAAUCAACUCCCCACAAGAGUUUUGAUAGUUUGGAGCUGUACCAAGAGGCGAUCCGGCUCCUCACGCCACUUUUGCAGGCUCACGACCAGGCCGUGAUUCCCAUAUGUGUAAUACUUUGCUGCCUUGAGAUGAUGUCUGCCAGUGCUAGAGAUUGGCGCCGUCAUCUAGAAGGAUGCGCUGCUCUUUUCGAUGUGUUCGAUGUCAAUGGAUUCUGUGGUGGAUUGCUUCAGGCUGUGUUUUGGUGUCACGCGAGAAUGGAUUUAUGCGGUGCUUUAAUAUCGGAUGGCACGCAAAGCACCAUUAUUCCGCCCAUUGCUUGGCUACCGCCUGGCACAGACGAGUCAAAUGCUCGUCAAGCCUUUAAGAACAUACAAAGUCCUGAUAUGCACGCCAAUUAUGCAGUCUAUCUUUGCGCCAAAGCUUGUGAGCUUGUUUCAGACCGUACUCAUCAUGACGAAUUGGGUGCUCCCAACGGAUGUACAGCAGAAGUGUUCUCAUCACGUUGGACCAGACUAUGGGAUGACCUGCAGGCCUGGAUAGAUGACCGUCCCAACGAACUGCUGCCGUUACAGACUAUAGAAUCACAACCUUUCCCACAGAUAUUGUAUCUCCACUGGGCAGCUAUUUCAUCCAACCAGUUAUAUCACACUGCUUGUAUCUUGAUGCUCGGAUCGACGCCCAAGAGACAGAUCCCUAUACCUGGUGUAACUGGGUCAUGCAUAUGGCAUGCGAAGCAUAUUUGCGGAAUCUCUCUGACAAAUCCUCAUCAUGGAUGUCUCAACAAUGCGAUUCAACCCUUGUGGUUGGCAGGAAGGCUGCUUAGCCAUGAAUCGGAGCACACAAUACUCGUCGACCUGAUCCGCGACAUUGAGUCCACAACGGGAUGGGGAACUUCUUGGAGAAUUCCUGACCUUGGAGCAGCUUGGGGUUAUUCUAUCCGGAAGCCGUCGCGUUCAAAGAAUGCUCCCCUCGAACAGCGCCGAAAUACUCAAACUGAAUGA